AUGAGUGCUGGAGAUGGGGUCGGUGCUCAUGAGUGCUGGAGAUGGGGGUCGGUGCUCAUGAGUGCUGGAGAUGGGGUCGGUGCUCUCAUGAGUGCUGGAGAUGGGAUGGGGUCGGUGCUCAUGAGUGCUGGAAUGGGGUCGGUGCUCAUGAGUGCUGGAGAUGGGGUCGGUGCUCAUGAGUGCUGGAGAUGGGGGUCGGUGCUCAUGAGUGCUGGAGAUGGGGUCGUGCUGGAGAUGGGGUCGGUGCUCAUGAGUGCUGGAGAUGGGUCGGUGCUCAUGAGUGCUGGGAUGGGGUCGGUGCUCAUGAGUGCUGGAGAUGGGAUGGGGUCGGUGCUCAUGAGUGCUGGAGAUGGGGUCGUGCUCAUGAGUGCUGGAGAUGGGAUGGGGUCGGUGCUCAUGAGUGCUGGAGAUGGGUCGGUGCUCAUGAGUGCUGGAGAUGGGGUCGGUGCUCAUGAGUGCUGGAGAUGGGGUCGGUGGCUCAUGAGUGCUGGAGAUGGGAUGGGGUCGGUGCUCAUGAGUGCUGGAGAUGGGGUCGGUGCUCAGAGUGCUGGAGAUGGGGUCGGUGCUCAUGAGUUGCUGGAGAUUGGGUCGGUGCUCAUGAGUGCUGGAGAUGGGGUCGGUGCUCAUGAGUGCUGGAGAUGGGGGUCGGUGCUCAUGAGUGCUGGAGAUGGGUCGGUGCUCAUGAGUGCUGUGGAGAUUGGGGUCGGUGCUCAUGAGUGCUGGAUAUGGUGUCGAUGGGGGUCGGUGCUCAUGAGUGCUGGAGAUGGGUCGGUGCUCAUGAGUGCUGGAGAUGGGGUCGGGCUCAUGAGGGCUGGAGAUGGGGUCGGUCAUGAGUGCUGGAGAUGGGGUUCGGUGCUCAUGAGUGCUGGAGAUGGGGUCGGUGCUCAUGAGUGCUGGAGAUGGGGUCGGUGCUCAUGA